AUGCUUAUUCGAGAUCCCAAAAGGCGGAUAUCUGCACAUGAUGUUUUGUGUGAGUUUUUGUCACUGGUGUUCUUAGGCACAACAUCUGUUGCACUAAAAUUUUCUGGCUCCUUUGUUUUUAAAGAGAAUGUUCUUUCAUUCUUAAAGAGUUUUGGUUUUGCAGACUGUAAUUGGGCAGAAGAAGAAGAUGAGGAGCAAAACAUCCAGGAUAACAGGGAUGGAACUCAACAAGGUUUUCCUUUUGGAGCAAACCAACUUACCUUACCCCCCUGGUGGCUUCAAAUUUGGGGUUACACAGGUGACAAGGAGAGCCUGGGAAAGUGUGAACAGUAUUUUAUGGAGUUGAUGAAAGUUCCUAGAGUGGAAUCAAAAUUGCGAGUGUUCUCUUUCAAGAUUCAGUUCAACUGCCAGAUUUCAGAAUUUAAAAAGAGUUUGAACACUGUGAACUCUGCAUGUGAAGAGGGUUGUGAUAAGCCAAUAGCUGUACGUUUUGCGGAACCUAAGAAAGUUAGGAAUGGAGAAGCAAGGAACAAUAAGAUGUUUAGUGGCAUGCCCUUUGGCCCCCAUUCUCAAGAACCAGUUGUUAGGACAACAACCAACCUGGGUGAUUCCAUGGUGGGGCAUAACCGGCCUAAUGCACUUCAUCUGGCACAACAUUUCUCAUUAACUAAACAACCACAAGCAGAUUCUUCGAUGGCAAACCAGGAACCUUCGCAGUUAUCUCAGAUGCAUAAUAGAAAAGCAAGUUCUCAACAAUUUCAAGGUGAAGUUCGUGAUUUUCCAAGACAGUUGCAUGUGAUGUAACCAUUGAAACAAACGCUAGAGCAGCACAAGUGGUCUCAGAAUAGUGGACAACCGCCUCUACCAACUGGAAGCAGUUCUCGGGAAGUUGCUUACAAUAUUCCCAGAGCUGCAAUGCCUGCAAAUCCUCAGAUGCCUGAACUUCCAGAAUGUGAUUGGAGUGAGCAUACCUGCCCUGAUGGGCAUAAGUAUUAUUAUAAUUGUGUCACUCGUGAAAGCUUGUGGGACAAGCCCAAGGAAUAUGGUUUGUUUGAGGAACAGUUAAAGAAUGAGAGACAGCAGCAAACUGCUGCCCACAAGCUUCAGUCUUCUUCCUUGGUUCUCUCUAAACAGCAACCUGCUCAAACACAAGAAAUUCAUUGCCAAACUCAUGUUGACCAUCAAAAUCUCCAACUAGAAAAACUUGCUCUAUCUGCGCUGGUAUAUUGAGAUGAUUUCUUUGGAGCAAUUCUUGACAACAUUUGUAGUUGAGGCCUUUAGAAUGGAAGAAUUUAUUUCACUAAUUUUUGUAUACAUUUCUUGUUUUGUAUUUAGUGAUAAAGGAAUAUGAAUUGGGCAUAAAUUAUGUUGUAAUAUGAUUUCUUUAAGCCUAGACUAGUAGACUAAAUAUAGUAAU